CAUUAUAACGCAAACAUCGUAUGCAUUCAAGCACCACCAGAGUUUAACCAACGACCUAACCCUAUUUACAAAAGCGUUAGAAGAUCUCCAAAAAGUUGCCGGCUCUAAUAAUGACGACCCUCAAGCAGAUUUAGAUGCUUUGUUGCAAGCAAUGAUUUGUACAGACGAAAUUGGAUGGAGGAACAAUUCUCAUCGCAUCAUAGUUGCUAGCACUGAUUCUACUUACCAUAGUGCGGGUGAUGGUAAAUUUGUAGGUGCAAUAAAACCACCUAAUAUAAAGUGUAAUUUAAUAAAUAACGAAUAUGAAAUGGCUCUUACUUAUGAUUAUCCAUCUGUGAGUAAGAUUAAUAAAGUAGCUACUGAAACGAACACUAUGAUUAUAUUUGCCGCUAAACCUGAUGUUGAAAACGAUUACAUGGCUUUGGAGAAGAAAAUUAAAAAUGUUAAAUAUGUAAAAUUGUUGGCAAAAUCCGAUGUAGUUAAUAUGAUAUUAGAUGAGUAUAAGAACCUUGUUAGUAGCAUACAAAUAGAAGCGAGUAUUGAACCUUUUAUGAGUUUAAAAUUUGAACCGGACUGUACCGUCAAAGACAAAUGUUUCUACAAAAAUGAUGAACCGCUUAAUAUAAGUAGUACAUUAAUAUUUAACUCAUGUCCUACGGACGAUAAAUAUAGCUAUGACGUGAAAAUUGGACCAGUAUCGAUUGAAGAAAAAUUAACAUUACAUCUAGAAGUAAUUUGCCAAUGUGAUUGCGAGAAGCCAGGUCAGGGAGAAAAUAAUUCAAGCCAAUGCAGUAAUGCUGGGAUAUACCAAUGUGGUAUUUGUAAAUGCAAUGAGAACAGCUAUGGAGAUACCUGUAAUUGCAUGGGAAAAAGUAUUACAGAGGAUUUAGAAAAAUGCAAAACAAAUAUAGACGAUGCUAAGCCUUGCAGUGGGCGCGGCACGUGCAGAUGUGGCAAAUGUAUAAAGUGUGAAGAAGGAUUUUCUGGCGAUUUCUGUGAAUUUGACGACAACUCGUGCGAACGACCAGGCGGCGUUCUGUGUUCUGGGCGUGGGAUAUGUACCUACGGUAAAUGCCAAUGCGAACCGCACUGGCUGCCCAACGACUGCCGUUGUCCAGACAACGAUGAUGCGUGUAUAGCACCACACUCCAAAGAGCCAUGUUACGGUAGAGGCGACUGCGUUUGCGGCCAGUGCGUUUGUAAAAACACGACAUCAAUCACAGACAGUUGCGUCGGCACAUACUGCGACGAAUGCGCGGAAUCGGCGACGAAGCGAUGCGCCGAGCUAGAAGGCUACGCGUAUUGCAACUUCAACGACAACAAAACGAUCUGCGACGAGAAAUACAACUUUACAGACACUGACGUCAUCCUUGUGAACAAGACUUCGAUCCACUCCAGUGCGUGGUACAUGGCUAAGAUGUGGUGUGAACAAGUACUUGAUGACGGCAGGAUACUUGUAUUCAGAUACCAUUACCCGAAGUCUUCCAGUACUACUAUGAGAUUGAUAAUCCAGGAUGAGUUGGAUAUGCCAGCAGUUGCUGAUAUAUGGGUUACGGUCGGCAGUGUUAUAGGAGCCAUGGUAUUGAUUGGGAUCAUAACAUUAGUAGCCUGGAAGUUCCUUGUGGAUUUCCACGAUAAGAAAGAAUACGAGAAGUUCGAAAAGGACUCCACCGCCGCCGGCUACGACGUACGGAACCCGCUGUAUCAGCCGCCCGCUACCAGCUUCCCCAACCCAGCGUACAGAGCUGGGCGUUAUAGCCAUAAUGGUGUAUAAAAAAGAGGGGAAAUAAAGUUUUAAUUAAUUUUA